AUGUUGUUCUACUACUCCAUCGCCGUCCUUACCACGAGCCUCGGCGCCGCUUCAGCCCUAACAAGGCACGCUGUCUGCAGCGAAAGCCCAAAGCUCAUCUGCUACGGCGAAAACGACAACACCGUUGCCGAAGCCGGCGGCUCGCAGGGCCUUGACCCCGAGCACGUGCAGUACGUCGCCGCCUACCUACGCUGGCUCAGCGAGGCCAACGAGGGCGCCGCCAAGUUCUGGACCAUGGCCCGGGCCGACGACUGCACCGAGUGGACGCUCCCUGUGCCAAACGGCGGGACGGUUCUGGCACUAGCCAAGCACACCAGCCCCUGGCUCACGUCGUCGGUGCUGUACGAGGACAUGGCGACGGCGAUUGACGGCGGCAAGGAUGCGGGCGCGGGCGGCGACAAGACGCUGCUGAGAUGCGGCAAGCAGGGCGGUCAGGUGGGCGUGGCGGCCAACUUGAAGAAUUUAAUGUAUAAUACGGAAGAGUACAAGAAGAGCGGUGCAAAGCCAGAGGGCGUCUUGCUUAAGCUUGUCAAGGCUCCUCCGUCAAAGCGAUGGGCUAAGAGCCGAGGGGCUCUCUCUGAUGGUAGUUAUCAGGUUUGUGAAAUGAUUUAA